AUGGGAGGUACUUGGGUGCUGGAGCAGCCGAGGGGGAGCAUGGUGUCAUGGCACCCACGCAUCAGGGAACUUUGGCGCUCCUUCCCAAAGGUGAGGCGAGAGGCCUUGACCAAGGAUCACGCAAUUCGCCCGUGCCAGUCCCAUGUUUCCAAGUCUGGCAAGAAGGUCUACCAGGGUACCAAGUUCUUGAAGAUCACAGGGUCCAAACCCGAGACCUACCCGCCCAAAUUUGGGGAUCGAGUCUCCGACCUGCACGAGAAGUUCUGCUCUGAGAGAACGCACCUCCCAACACUCCCAGCAGAGCUCCUUCAGGAAGAGCUGGUCGCAUUCUUUCGCGGCAAGACCUGGGGGGAUUUGUGGGAUGAUGCAAACAUGUACCAUUGUUUGCGGUAUUUGAGGGGAUGCACUCGCUUAUGUUUGAGCGAUGCUUGGAGGGCUGUUUUUCCCUCCAAGCUAGUGUGA